ACACUUUUGCAGAGACCCACAAACAGAAAUUUAAAGCUACAGACUGGAAGAGCUCAGAUUUUUUUUUUUUAAUCUUUUGAGUUUUUUUUCUUGUUUUCUCAGUUUAAGCACAGUUGACUUGAUUUCCAGCGCUGCAGCGCAUAUGGUAAUGAAGAGUGCAAUUCAAGAAUAGCCAGAUUUCAAUGUCCUCUAUGGCAUUUUUGUGGGUCUUACUAGCGCAGUGUAUUCUUCAGCCUUCACACCAGGGCCUGGAAUAGAAACAGGAGACCAUAUAGUACUGCUUUGUAUUGGGAGUCUUUGGGGGAAAAGAAGCCCAGUCUGGCGCAUUUUCUGUUGCAAAAGUAUUUUUGUUGAGGAUGUUGCUGCAGCAUGGGCAGAUUGGAUUUUGGAAGACCUGUGAAAGAAUUCUUUCCUGGGAGUUUCUCUUUUUGUUUUUCAUCUUUACCCUUUUUCUGUGUUUUGGAUCCUGAAUUGUUUGCAUUUAAAAAUGGAAUAGGCUCUAGACAAAUAUUUGAAGGAAAUUCAGUAUGGAAGAUGGUGCAUAUUUGACGAACACUAUGUUGGAGAAUGUGUUGGAUACUGCUGUUGAUUUCGAUUUUAUGGAUGAACUCUUGUCCGAAGGAUGCCGGUUGGAGACCACAGAUGGAUUCAACCUUCUACAGCCAGGCUACUCCACUUCCAAUGGUCUGAAUAACACGUCACAUAAUUUGGUUACUCAAGAGAGUAGCACCGGCUGUUUGAAUCCAAACCCUCAUCAGAAAAGCUCCCAAGAAUUACUACAACUGAAUUGCCCCUACAAUCCUUAUCUUCAUUCCCCAAUGGAAGAACAUGUUGGAACUCAAUCUCAAUCCCAGAAAAAAGUUCAAAUUUCAAUAGCUUCAGUCCAGAGUGAAAAUUUUGUGGUUCAAAGCACUGAACUAAGUGGAAGAUGGUGGAUUGGGGCGAUGGAAGAUCUGGGUCCUUCUUCCUCUGUCAGAGAGAGAUUGAUGAUGGCAGUUGCAUAUAUGAAAGAAUCUACAAAAGAUAGGAAUGCUCUAAUUCAAUUUUGGGUGCCUGUAAAGAAAGGCGGCAAAAAGGUCCUUACAACUAAUCGCCAGCCGUUUGCUCUUACCCCCAGCUGCCAGAGUCUUGCAAAUUACAGAAAUGUUUCCAAGAAGUAUAAAUUCCCAGCUGAGGAGGAUUCAAAGGAAUUGGUUGGUUUGCCUGGUCGGGUUUUCUUGGGGAAAGUGCCUGAGUGGACUCCAGAUGUUCGUUUCUUCAGGAGUGAUGAAUACGCUCGUGUUGGCUAUGCUCAGAGGUAUGAUGUUUGUGGGUCUCUUGCCCUUCCUAUUUUUGAGCAAGGCAGUGGGAAUUGCUUGGGUGUUGUUGAGAUAGUGACAACCUCUCAAAAGAUCAAUUAUCGUCCUGAGCUUGAGAAUGUCUGCAAAGCUCUUGAGGCUGUUGAUCUUAAGAGUUCUGAGUUCUUCCACCCCCCUAAAGUGAAGGCUUGCACAACGUCACACCAAGCCGCAUUGCCCGAAAUUGUGGAGAUUUUGAAAUCCCUCUGUGAGAUGCAUAAUCUUCCUUUAGCUCAGACUUGGUUCCCGUGCGAACAACAAGGCAAAGGUGGGUGCUGGCAUUCUCACAAGAACUCUGCUCAGUGCGUUUCCACCAUUGAUUCCGCUUUCUUUGCUGCUGAUCAGCAAGUUCUGGGUUUUCAUGAGGCAUGCUCUGAGUAUCACUUAUUGAGACACCAAGGCAUUGUUGGGAGAGCAUUUACAACAAACCAGUUAUGCUUUGAACCAGACAUAACUGCUUUCAGCGUGGCAGAAUAUCCUCUCUCUCACCAUGCUAGGGUGAUUGGCUUGCGUGGGGCUGCAGCUCUUCGCCUCCAAAGCAUGCAUACUGUAUCAGCUGAUUUUGUCUUGGAGUUCUUCUUACCAAUUCAAUGCCGAGACAGUCAAGAACAAAAUCGGAUUCUGAACUCUUUGUAUGUCUUUGUGAGACAGGCUUGCCAUGGCAUGGGUGUCAUUGAGCAUGCAGAGCCAGAAGCAGCAGCCAUCCCAGAUAGAAAAAUUGUAGCUGUUUCAGAUGGCAGAUUUAAUAGACAAGGAACUGAAAAAAUGGAAUCUGCUAUUCCAAAAAAUGCCUCCUCAAAAGAGUCAUCCUGGAUUGCCCAUAUGAUGAAGACCCAACAGAAGGGGAAAGGAGUGUCUGUCUCAUUGGAUUAUCAGAUAGAAGAGCCAAAAGAGGAGUUCAAGAUGACUAGCUGUUGGUAUAACACAGGGACGGCGUUGCAUCGAGCACAGACAUGUCCAGAAAAUGGGCAGUUUCAGCAAGAUUUUAGACCCAGAGGUAGCACUAUGGACCGUGGAGAUUCUUCUUUUUUGGGUGGGCAUCACUCUCUACGGGGAAGAAAAACAGAUGGCAAGAGACGAACCAAGACAGAGAAGAGUAUCAGCUUGCAAGUUCUUCAGCAGUACUUCGCUGGGAGCCUAAAAGAUGCUGCUAAGAGUAUUGGUGUAUGCCCUACUACUCUGAAAAGGAUAUGCAGGCAACAUGGGAUUACUCGCUGGCCUUCCCGUAAAAUCAAGAAGGUUGGACACUCUUUAAGAAAGCUCCAACUUGUGAUCGACUCUGUGCAAGGUGUUGAUGGAACCAUUCAACUUAGCUCUUUCUACACAAACUUUCCAGAAUUGAGCUCUCCAAAUUUAACAGGGGCUGCCCCCUUUCCCCCGGUGAAGAUGAGCGACCAUUCAAAGCAAUCAAACUUAAACCCCCAACCAGAGGGUGGCUUAUUCAGCCCCAGUGCUGCCACAAGAUCCCCAUCCUCUUCAUGCAGCCAGAGCUCCAGUUCAAGCUACUGUUGUUCCACUGGAGCAAAGCAAAAUGGAGAUGCUGUGGUUACAGAAGAUACUGAUUGGGUUCUAAAGAGAACAUGCAGUUCUGUCAAAUUACUUGCUUCCAAUCAAGAACCAAAGAUUGUGCCAAAAUUAAAGAGACCAUGCAGUUCUGUCGAAUUACUUGCUACCAAUCAAGAACCAAAGAUUGUGUCGAAAUUCCACGGUCAUAAAUCCAUCAAUGAGCACGCUAGAGUGGAGACUUCUCCAUCUUUACCAAAGAGUGGUGCCUGGGGUUUAAGAUAUGGGGGUGCUUUCAGAGCUAAAGCCACUUUCGGGGAAGAAAAAGUCCGUUUCAGCUUGCAACAGAAUUGGAGUUUCAUAGAUCUACAGCAGGAGAUUGGGAACCGCUUCAAUAUAGAUGAAAUGGGAAGUUUUGAUCUCAAGUACUUGGAUGAUGACUCUGAGUGGGUUCUCUUGACAUGUGAUGCUGAUCUUGAGGAGUGUAUUGACGUACAUAAAUCAUCUCAGAGCAGUACAAUCAAACUCUCUGUUCACCUAGCCUCUCAUGCAACUCUGGGAAGUUCACUUGGCAGCACCUGCCCAUCCUAAAACUGCAUCAAAUUAUGAUGUUUCCAUUCAAAAAAUAUGUAUAUAGCUUUUGAACUAUGGUUUGGAUUUUAUGAAGGUAGCAGCUUGUCAAAUGGUGGGAAUGGUAUAGGUAUCUAGUGACAAACUAAACAAGAGGGAACUGUCCAUUUUUCUGGUAAGCUUUGGUUGCACAAAGUCAUACAAUAGAAUAAAUAGCAUUUACAGUGUGUGCUGGGAAAGAUGCUGUUGCACAAGUAUCCAGUUUGUAACAUUUUAUCAUAAAAGCUGUUUUAGAAGAGUUAAAAUCUCAGCCCCAACAUAUUGCUUUGCUGUUAGAUCUGUCUAUCAUUAGGGGUUUCAAAUUUCUAGUUGUUGUUGUCAUUGUUGUUGUUGUUGUUUUUUUCUUUUUUCCCAGGCUUCUCAAGAAGCUCUUAAUGUAAUUUUAACAUGUGACAGUUUUAUUUCUGCCAUAGACAUUUUAUAACUUUUAACAGGAAAAUAGAGUGAUAGGAAAAUUUUU